CUGCUUCUCCUGUGAUGAUGGAUAAUUCCAUGAAAAGUGCUUGCAUUAAUUCUCUGAGUAAAGACAAUACAGCUUCCCUUCUGGAGUGGAUGGAAAGGUGUAAUAUUCAUCUCUUGUACAGAUUAAUAGUCAGAGGAAAUAUGGGGCCUUCCUGCAGACUGGGUUGGAGAAGCUCCUCCACCUGGGACAGAAAUAUUUAUCAACAAUCUCCUUCAAGAAAUCUAUGAAGAUAGAUGAAUUCCACUUUUUCAGACUGUUGGAAUAUUGUAUGAGUUUUGUCUUAUGA